GGUUGGUGAAACACUUCCGCAAAUUUUUGAUGAAAUGUCAAAAAUUAGCUACAAAUUUACACAUAUUCUUUGGUACAUUUAACAGAAUGAUAGAACAGAACGUAUACACAGCUAAACAAAUCGAUGUAAACAGUUAAUGGUACUGACAUUGUCAUUUGCUUAGGUUUCUGGGGAAUAUGAAAACAAUAACUAUAAAAAGUUUCAUCUCAAAUGACAAAAUGUAAACAAAUCAAUCCCAACAAUCGACACAUUCAAAGACUGAACAAUUGCUGUAUAUAUUGUUAUUUGUGUUAUUAUUUUAAACCCCUUUAUUAAUAUACUCAGCUGGUAUGUACUGAAGUCAAACGAUAUUUUAAAACAAGAAAGAAGAUGCAGGCUUCCGGCCAGGGUGGAGGUGAACGAGGAGAUAUUCCUAAAACCAGCACUGAGAGUAUUGAUUUAGUUGUCAAGUUUCCAUGGCGCCGAGAAGGACCAACUGAAUGUGGUUCCUUGGGAAGAGAUCGCGAUGCGAAACCUGGAGAAUUUGUUCUUCAGAGCAUCUUUUUGGAAUUCUGCAGAAUGACAGAAAAGAAGAUUGAACAUGUUCUUGCAGAACCACUAGAAAAAUCACUGUCAAAAUCUUUACAACGCGGAGAAGAUCUUCAUUUUGAUCAGAUAUUAAAUGUAAUGGGUUGUGUAGCAGAACAUAGUUUACCAUCUAUAUUAAAAUCAUUGUUUUUAUGGUACGAGAGACAAUUACGAUACGAUGAUAGUCCAAUGUUUGAAUCUCGACAUAGACAUAGAAGUAAAGGAAGUAAAGAUUUUCUUUGUGAAAGAAGAGAUCUGGCUGUGGAGUUUGUCAACUGUUUGGUUCUUAUAGAAGUCCUAACAAAGAAUUCUUACCAUCCAGGUCAUGAUGAUAUGAUCAACUAUAUUAUCAGUACAGCUUUUAAACAUUUCCGAUCCAGAGACUCUAAUCAAACAAAUCCUAAUUCUGCUAAUAUCAAUAUAAUAGCUGAUUUAUAUGCUGAAGUUAUUGGAAUCCUGGCCACUUCAAGAUUUCAAGCUAUAAGAAAGACGUUUAUGAAUGAAUUACGUGAAUUAAAACUACGAGAUCAAACGCCAUAUACAGCUCAGGCCAUCAUCAGUUUAUUGAUGGGACUCAAGUUCUUCCGUGUAAAGCUACAUCCUAUAGAAGAGUUUGAAGCCAAUGUAGCGUUUCUACAUGAAUUAGGUGUAUAUUUUCUAGACGUGAAAGACCGAGAAAUAAAACAUGCUUUAGCUGGAUUGUUUGUAGAAAUAUUAUUACCAGUUUCAGCUACAGCUAAAAAUGAAGUAAAUGUACCAGUAUUAAAGAAUUUUGUUGAGUUAUUGUAUUCUACUACUGUUGAUAUGACAACAAAGAGAAAACAUACUUCACAUUUGUUUCCAUUGGUUACCUGUCUGUUAUGUGUCAGUCAUAAGACAUUCUUUUUAAAUAACUGGCCAUAUUUUCUCACUUCCUGUCUCUCACAACUUAAAAAUAAAGAUGCUAAAAUGUCCCGUAUUGCUUUAGAAUCUCUCUACAGAUUACUAUGGGUAUAUAUGGUAAGAAUUAAAUGUGAAAGUAAUACAGCGACUGCCAGUAGAUUACAGAGUAUUGUCAACAGUUUGUUUCCAAAAGGUUCGAAAAUAGUUACACCAAAAGAUACACCAUUAAAUAUAUUUGUUAAAAUUAUACAAUUUAUUGCUAAGGAGAGAUUAGAGUUUGCUAUGAAGGAUAUUAUAUUUGAUUUACUGUGUGUUGGAAAACCAGUGAAAUUCUCUCUUACACCAGAGAGAAUGAGUAUUGGAUUAAGAGCGUUUCUAGUUAUAGCUGAUAGUCUACAACAGAGAGAUGGUGAUCCACCCAUGCCGCAAUCAUCAUCUACUUUACCUUCUGGUAGUACUGUUCGUGUUAAACGCACGUUUCUCAACAAGAUGUUAACAGAAGCCACAGCUAAACAGAUUGGUGUACAACCCUGGUUCCCUCAUAUAUUAAAAACAUUUGAUGCUAUGUUGCGAGCUCUAGAUCUUCAAGUUGGACGUCCAUUAUUAAUGACUAAAGCUGAAAAUGCUAAUAAAGAACCAGAUGAAGUGAUUAUUGGUGAUAGAAAACCGAAGAUAGAUUUAUUCCGUACAUGUAUAGCAGCCAUACCUCGUCUGGUACCAGAAGGUAUGAAUAAUGGGGAACUAGUAGAACUAUUAACCAGACUUACAGUACAUAUAGAUGAAGAACUAAAAGGGUUGGCAUUUCAAGCUCUACAGAAUCUGAUGUCUGAAUCUUAUUUAUGGAAAGAAUAUGUUUUACAUGGUUUCAUUCAAUUUGUUAUGAAAGAUAUCUCUGAUAAUAAUACUCAGUUGUUAGAUGGUGCUUUACGAAUGUUGAUGCAGUUAUUAGUGCAGUGGAAAUCUAAUAAUAAUAAUAAUAAUAAUAGUAACAAUAGUAAUACUACAUCAAAAGAUGCACAAUCCAAUAAGUUACAGGAUAGAUCAGGUGAUACAGUACAACCAACCAAUCAGAUUGUUAGUUUAGACGUACUACAUGAAGUGGAAGGUUUGGCACUAGUUAUGAUGUGCAGCUGUCGUAUGAUGACAAGAAAAUUGGCUGUCAUUUUGUUGAAGGAAGUUCGAAAUAUAUUCAAUUCAUACAGCGCAACCCAGGUGUAUAAUCCAUGUUUAUUAGAUGCUAUAGAUAGAGCUUGUCCAACUAUACUAGAACGUUUACAUCAGUAUCUACCUCCAGCUGAAAAGUCAAUCUAUCUAACCUUGUGUAACAUAGAUUUAUCGUGGGUUGUGGACAAGGCAGCUACAACAUGGGCGACCGCUGAUGGAUCCUCACAAGACGGAAACCAAGUCAACUACAGUUUUCAUAGAAUUGACUUAUGGAUACGAUUUGUGGCAGCCAUUGUUUCAAAAGAUUUUGCUUUGACCUCCUGUCCUCUUGCUAUUGGUCACGCCUGGCCUAUUGUUUAUACACGUUUAACGGCUUUAUUUCCAUUGGUUGAUCCAAGUACUCAAACAAACGAUAAUCGAGCCUCAUCUAUAUUACGAGGUAGUAAGAAAUUAACCACAGAGAAAGAUGUCCAUAUGCAGUUGUGGCAGAAUUAUGUUGUAAUGGCUUGUAGUAUAGCACAACAAGGUGCUGUUAUACCUCAUAGAUGUUCUAGUCCAGAAUUAGGAAAUUCCUCACCAGAAAGUAUAGCAUCAGAGAAGACUGAAUCUCGAACAGCUGUCAACAGUACAGCUAGUAACUUAUUUCAUCUUUUAGUACCACUGUUAAAAUGUGAAAACUCUGAUAUGAAAGAUAUGGUUGUUAAUGGUCUAGGUUAUUGUAAUCCUGCUGUAUUCAAAGAGUUGGCUGAAGAAUUGUUGCCAUAUAUUAAAGAUGCUAUCGAUAAAAAACAAGAUAAUUUACGUCGUAGAAGAAAGAGAGAUUUAUUACGACUACAUCUAGCUCAUAUAUUUGAACUUAUUGCAGCAAAUAAAACAUUUGCCCAAAGUGAAACUGGUAUAAUAGAUAAAGAACAUGGGUGUUUAAGUAGUAUGUUUGUUGAUUAUAUUGAUGGUGCAAGACAAUAUCUCGAGGGGGAAAGUGAUCGUGAUUUACCAAUAUUACAACAAAUACGAUUACACUUCAGUGGUUUUAUACAAAAUCUCAUAUCUAACACUCCAUUGGACUUGAGAAAAACUCUGUUGUCACGAGAACUAAGAUAUAGUCUCUUUCAUCUGUUUGCCAAUUGGAGCGGUCAUUUUAGUCAUACAUUCGGAACUACAGACAGGAGAUUGACUGCUAAAGAAGAAGUAUGGAAUGAGCAGGAACUAUGUGCUGUUAAAGCUAUGACAGCCGUGUUAUGUUGUGGUAGAAUGUUUGAUACACACGGUUUAAAUGAUGACGGAUCUGGGUAUAUAUAUAACUGGUUAGAUACAUUACUCAGCUCUCAUGAUGAAAAGAUCUAUGAUUUAGCGAAGGAGACAGUAUUUUUAUUAUUAGAGUUUAACUCGGACGUACAAAGUUUAUUAGAUUGGGUGAUUGACAGAUGUUAUACAGGUUCUAACGAGGUAGCAGACGGAUGUUUUAAUGCUUUAGCUGCUGUUUUUCAAACUAGAGAAUAUCCAUGUGAUCAUGUGGCCAUGUUGAAUUUAGCGGUACUAAAUGUUGGCAAUCCCAGAAUUCAGACACACGAAACAGCACAAAUGCUUCUGCAUCUACUGGACACAAGAUUCUUCCAAGAAAUACCAAUAGUUAUGGAGAAUGCUGAAGAACAAGCUCCGCCCUGUCUUCCUUUAAAUGACAUCCUAUUGGCUGUAUCGUACUGUCACUCACAGGUGUACCUAUCAGAACAGUUGGCUAAUAUACAUCCUGAUCUUACACUUCCCAUGAUAUCAGAAAUAACUCAUCGAUUUCAAACAGCUCGACCAUCUGUUCGUCAAACUUUAUUAAAAUGUCUUUUACCAUGGUUACACAAUAUGGAGUUGGUCGAUCCAUCGCUGCCACCAUCCAAUCCUUUAUCCACGUUCCUGACACGUCUCCAAGACAACCAGACAGAUAGUUUUAUGACAUCACUACGAGGUGAUGGGUGGGGAUCAACACAAGCUACAGAGAUGGCCCUCAAUAAUAUCUUCUUUCUCACUGCUAAAUUUGGAGAUGAACAUCCAUUCGAGAUAGAAUCACUGUGGUCAUCCUUGUUAACAUGGCCGAAUAAUCUGAAAGUCAUUAUACGUUAUCUAGUGAUAAUAACUAAUGUAGCAGCUUCAGAUUUAUUAUUAUAUGUAAAGAGAGUUUUAAGUUACCUUGGUAGAGCUAAACCAGAAAAAUUAGUUGAUGAAAUGAUGAAUGAACUACAGAGUAUAGAGACGUUAAACAUGAGUAUAGAGAGAACACAGACUCCACCCUAUUAUCGUUUAUCUCCCAUGAGAAAAAUACCAACAACAAAUAAUACCACUGAUGAUGAGAAGAUUGUCUGUCAAACAGCAGAUCAGUUAGAAAAAGGGAUACUCCAUACUAAACGACAUAGUACUAAUGAAGAUCUACCUAGUGAUGGUACAACAAGAACGAAUUCAACAGCAUCGUUAAGAAGUAUAACAAGUACGGUCAGUUCUACUCAAGAUCAAGUUACACUAACAACAGAAGAAGAAAUACGUGGUCCGACUCCAACAUUUACUAAACCAGGAGAACACCGACGUAGUGAAUCUCCAUUACCUUAUCCUCUACCCAUGCCAGCUUAUGGUGGUUACUUCGCACCAUUGAAUCAAUUUCUACCAGAAAAUCUUCCUUCAACACCAGGUUUUCAUAGAAGUAAUAUAGCUAUAAUGUUUUUAUCUGAUCUUGUAUUAGAUGGUCUAGAGAUUGAUUGGUCACCACAUCUACCACUCAUGUUACAUGUUAUAUUCCUUGGUUUGGAUCAUAGUCGACCGUUGGUAUAUGAACAUUGUAAGAAACUGUUAUUGAAUCUCCUACUAUUAGCAUCAUCACAUGACCAUAGUGAUAUAGCCAGACUAUUGUUGGAGAAUCGUAGAAAUCCAACAGAUACAGUCAAAAUAAUAUCAGAAGAUAGAGAUUCGGUUAUAUCUGUAGAAACCCCACCUCGAGAGGCGAACCUUCCACAUCAAAUUAUAGCACGAUCUACAUUUAGUAUAGAUAGUAGCGCCACCAUUACACCAGAAACAAGUACAAUGGCUGAUCCUGAUAGUUUUAAUACUGUAGAAGAAGUGGCUCAAUGUAUUCUAAAUUUCAUGGAUAAUAAGAGAGGUCGUCCAUUGUGGAGUUGUGAUGACAUCACACCAAAGAUGUUGAAUACUCAAAGUGCAACUCAUUUAGAAUAUUUCCUGAAAUGUGUUGUUCGUUGUUUUAAAGAGAUUUAUCCAUUAGCCUUAGUUGAACAACGUUGGUCCCAGACGGCAUUACAGCUAGCUUUAUCUUGUUCAUCUAGACAUUAUGCUGGUAGAUCAUUUCAGAUUUUACGAGCUUUAAGAAUUCGUCCCUCCACGCAGAUGUUGUCUGAUAUUCUAUCACGUCUGGUUGAAACUGUUGCUGAACAAGGUGAAGAUAUGCAGGGUUAUGUAACAGAAAUAAUGUUGACCUUAGAGGCUGCUGUUGAUAAUCUCGACCUGGAGUUCCGUCCUAUAGAUUUUAUGAGGGAGUUGUUUAUGUCCACACCUAAUCUUGCCAAUGAUUCUGAUGGUAGAAGACCAGGUAUGACGGCACCAAAACAAGCUUUACCUCAUCAUUGUCGCAGUACAAGUUACUCUGUUGCUGUGAUUACACAGAAAGCUCGAGCAGCUGCCAUUGAUUUAAGGAAUAGAAGUAGUACAGAUGCUGAUAAUCGUAGAUCAAAUCUAGCGAGAUCACGUAGUGCUCAGUCAUUGAAGAAUCUCGACCAGAAUGGUACGGAAGAUAAGAUAACUCUAUUGACACAGAUGUUCUGGAUCUGUGUUUCACUACUGGAAUCAGACUACGAAUAUGAAUUCUUAUUAGCAGUACGACUAUUAGAUAAGAUGUUAUGUCAUCUACAACCAGAAAGACCAGAAUGUCGUGAAAAGUUAGAGAAGAUACUGCAGCAGAUCAAAUGGCCCAACUUUCCUGGUCUACAAACAUUAUUAUUGAAGGGUUGUACAUCGAACAUGGCGUGUGAAGCCACCUGGUCACUGUUAGCACGAGUUGUAUUAUGUAUUAACGCACCUAUCAUGGAUCCAACUGGAAUGUGGGGUUUUCCCAUGAAUGUUAUGGCUAUGCUACCAUAUAUGGUACAUAAUUAUGAGAAGAAUAAUAAGACGUGUCGUGAUGCUGCUGAUAAUGUGGCUCAGAUGUGUAAUCAACAAUCUGAACGAUUAAAUAAUCUGGGUACUGUGAUGACCUUAUAUAGUCGUGGUACGUUUGGUGGUAAAGAUAGUUUUCAAUGGACGAAAUGUGUUGUUAAAUAUCUACAUGAUGUAUAUUCAGCUGCUGUUGUUAGUAUGGUUACAUUCUUAGUAGAGAUAUUAGAGAAAGGGCCAUCAAUGUAUCAAUCAGCUGUAUUACAGAUAUUACACUGUAUGGUUCAUUAUAUAGAUAUUAACUCAACACCUAGUAGUUUACUCAACUCAGAACUCUUUAACUCAGCAUCUAAACAUGUACAGGGAGCUAAUUUCAAGGAGGCGUUAAAGAUAUUGAAGUUAGCCGUCACCCGUUCAUCUACUCUAGCAGCAGCUCCACCUGUUAGUUCCAGUAUUAGUAGUGAAUUAAAUGUCUUCUCUCAUACAUCUUUUGCUGAGGCUGAGAUUUUCACAAGAAUACCCAAGGAACUGCCAGGACGAACUCUAGAUUUUUCGGUUGACCUUUCGAAGACACCAAUUAUAGGGCGAAAAUACCUGGCUGGGGGAGAUACUACGAAAACAUUAGAAGAGACAAACCAAUCAGCUAGUCCAUCAUCCUCAUCAUCAACAGUCUCGUUGUCAAGGAAACCAUCUAACAACCAAGAUAUAGAUUCUGUAUGGAGAAGACCACAAGCCUCACAGGCACGAACAAGAGAAAGAUUGGUGAAUCUUUUGACAUGUUUUGGUCAGAGAGUUGGUUUACCCAAAAGUCCAUCAUGACCGUUUGUUUACCUUGCCACUGUUAGGAUACAGUUAUUGAUAAUAAGGUGAUAUUCAGCCAAUCAAGUGAUACAUUAGAUCAUCAACAGAGUGUAGCAUCAAGUGGAGAAGAAGCAUCAUUACCAGAAGUACCC